UAGACAAAAUAAGAGAGCGCGUAAUCGAAAGGGAGAGAAUUUUAUCGUGUUCUCUCUUCUUUCUCUUUUUAUUUUCUCUGGAAAUUGCUCGUUUUAUGCAAUUUAAUGGACGGCCAUUUGAUCGACUGAUCUUCGUUUUCCUUGUGAUUUAAAGGUUUAAAUAUAAGAAGCUAUUUGCCUAGCAUCAUCAUCUUUUAGACAAGCAGAACUUCUGAGUUUUUGCAACAAUGAGUUUUGUUUUCCGAGGGAACAGAGGAGAUAUUGAGAGUGGGUUUUCAGGAUUUAUUCAUGAACAACCUGCCGUGCGUAUACAUGCAUCUCGACCAGUUAACUCCAAUUCACUGACGUUCUUUGUUACUGUUCUUUUGCUAUUCAUUAUUUUAAACUCUCAGCAAAUGUCUCCAAACUUUCUGCUUUGGCUAGUAGUGGGCAUCUUUUUAAUGGCUACUAGCCUUAGGAUGUAUGCAACUUGUCAGCAACUUCAAGCUCAGGCUCAGGCUCAAGCUCACGCUGCAGCUGCUAGUGGAUUGCUUGGCCAUACCGAGUUGCGUUUGCACAUGCCACCAUCAAUAGCUUUUGCUACAAGAGGACGCUUGCAAGGAUUAAGACUCCAACUUUCCCUUCUUGAUCGUGAAUUCGAUGCCCUAGAUUAUGACACCCUGAGAGCAUUAGAUUCUGAUAACACUUCCACAAGUCAUUCAAUGAGUGAGGAAGAUAUACAUGCUUUACCCGUGCACAAGUACAAGGUCCAUGGUCACGACAGUGCUGGGUCAUCAAUGCAACAGGCAUCAUCUUCGUCAGUUCCAGUUGAGCAAAAGCAAGAUUGUAAAAAGGCUGAUGGGAAUAUGAAGGCUUCAGAGGAUGAACUAACUUGCUCUAUUUGCUUGGAUCAAGUGAACCAAGGGGAGCUUGUUCGGAGCUUGCCAUGUUUGCAUCAGUUCCAUACCAUCUGUAUUGAUCCAUGGCUGCGGCAACAAGGCACGUGUCCAGUAUGUAAAUUUAGAAUGGGGUCAGGAUGGCAGGAAAACAGGGGGAGUGAAUCAGAUGAUUCAGACAUGGUUUAACUCAACUCUGCCUCAUAAUACAAUCCGUGUAUUAUGUAUGCAUCAAAGUAAAUAUACACAGUUACAUUAAAGUAACAUUUUCCGGGAUCUGACUCUACUCUAGGAUCGGUAUGUUAUCUAUAGUUGACUCCAUGA